GCAAAAUCCUGGAAUAAAAAAAAAUUGGAAUGAUUCUUUAAGCUUUGAAAUAGGCAGUCUUGACUCAGAUUUGCAGUGAGGGCAGUUUAGGCAUCUGCAAUAUAUAAAUAGCUCUUUAAAUAGGUAUAAAUAAAAUAUACUAAUGUUUAAAGUUUCUUUAUAUAUUCUAUAUAUCCCACAAAAGUGGGAUAAAAUAUUUUCUUUGUAAAAAAACCAGUUCAAACCAAUUUACCAUAGAAAAAAACACACUUUAGUGUAGGGAUUUUCACCAGGAAGAAAACUUGGCUGCUGAAAGGGAGAUGGUCUUAAAUUUAAAUGUAUUCUAAAGCCAGUUAAUUUAUGCCACUGUAAAUGAAACUUAGAGUGGGCAAACACAAAGCUUUCUGACAAGACUAGAGGUACAUGACAAAAUGAGUUUCAAUUGACUAAGCGCUCAAAGGUGUACUCUCACCAAACUGUCUCUAAAUGACCCUGUUUGGUAAGCCCCAGCAAUCCUGUUAUUCAGCCAGGCUCUUGGUGUUGUUUGUAUUCCAUUACUGAAGUCCAGAGUGCCUCAUGGGAAUCCACUUAGGAUGCAGUCUGAUAGCCUGUGUCUCCCUUCCACUACAAUAUGUAGAGUGAUCAGCCUUUCGGAAUGUAAAACAUGUAACGAAGUUUUCUUUUUCCAUCUUAAUUUUAAAUAAAAUUGUAAGAAUUUGUGGGUUUUUGAGGGUAAGCCUAGGACUAGUCUUUCUCUUAAAAUGACAGUUAAACACUCUCCUUGAUAUGCUUCCUGUUGACUUUAUUAAAAAAAUUCUUACAGGUGGGUAUUAUCUGUAGAAUUGUUCUCUGAUAUAUGGCAGAUAAUCUACUUUACAAAAUUUGCUGUGUGAAUAUAUUUUACAAAGUAGCAGUAUUAUCAAAUUCAGUGUAAAAGUCAAUUGUAACACACAUUUCUAACUGUGCAUAUGAUAUAUAAACUAAAUUCAAUGCUGGGAACUUCUUUCUUUGUUUUAUGGUGUAUUGAUUUUGUUUGGUUUUUGUUGAUAAUAAUAAGACUGUGGAAUCAAUUACUUAUUUUUCCAUUUCAGGAAUAGAUUGAAGAAAGCAUGGCAAAUCAACGGGAUUACAUUAGCAGACCUAUUUGCAAUGGAAUUUCUGUUCCUGAAAAUAAAAUCAAUUCCUUAGUGGCUGAAGGUCAUGGACAACAAAUUCUAAAAGUACUACAAAAGUUCAGAGAACAAAAUAUAUUUUUUGAUUUUAAAAUUCGUGUGAAAGAUGAAAUAAUUCCUUGUCAUCGUUGCGUACUGGCAGCAUGCAGUGAUUUUUUCAGAGCCAUGUUUGAAGUUAAUAUGAAAGAACGGGAUGAUGGCAAUGUUACUAUUAGUAAUCUAUCACCCAAGGCAGUGAAAGCUUUUCUUGAUUAUGCUUACACAGGAAAAACGGAGAUAACCAAUGAUAAUGUGGAAAUGCUCUUCCAACUGUCAUCAUUUCUUCAAGUUUCACUCCUUUCCAAAGCUUGCAGUGACUUCCUAAUAAAAAGUAUUGAUCUUGUGAAUUGCUUACAGUUGCUUUCUCUAUCAGAAAGUUACGGGUCUGUCCGCUUGUUUGAUCAUGCGCUAGAUUUUGUACAACACCAUUUUUCAUUGCUGCUCAGAUCGAGUGACUUCUUGGAGAUGAAUUUUGAGAUACUACAAAAAUGUCUCGAGGCUGAUGAACUAGAUGUCCCUGAGGAAGAAUCAGUGUUGAAAGCUGUGCUCCAAUGGACCAAACACAACUUAGAAACACGGCAGAAAUACCUCCCUAAUUUGAUUAAAAAAGUGAGAUUACACCAGUUACCUGAAAAGACUUUGCAGGAUUUUCUUCAUUCUGAAGAACACUUACUUAAGAGUGCUAACUGCUCAGUAAUAAUCAAUGAUGCAGUUAAAAGUGUGCAGAACUUCAGUGGAUUGUUUCCAGAUGCACGUCCUUCAACAACAGAAAAAUAUAUAUUUGUUCAUAAAACUGAUGAAGAUGGAGAAAACAGACAUACAUUCUGCUACAACAUCAAAACAGAUAAAUGGAAAGAACUACCACAUACGCACAUGAUUGAUCUGCCAGGGUCAAGUUUGUCUAGCUAUGGAGAAAAAAUAUUUAUAACUGGAGGAUGCAAGGGUAAUUGUUAUAGGACUGUCAGGCUUCACAUUGCUGAACCGUUUCAUGAUGCCACUGACCAAACCUGGUGCUACUGUCCAGUCAGCAAUGAAUUUGCCAUAGUGUCAGCUAUGAAAAAACCGAGGACAAUGCACACAUCUGUUGUAACCUUAAAUCAGCUCUUUGUAAUAGGUGGAAAGACCAGAGGAGCUCAAGAAACUCGGAGUCUUUUGGAUGUAGAAUCCUAUAACCCUCUUUCCAAAGACUGGAAAUCUGUAAGCCAGUUACCAAGAGGUAUCUACUAUCCAGAAGCAAGUGCAUGCCAGAAUAUAAUUUAUGUCCUUGGCUCAGAAGUAGAGAUUACUGAUGCUUUUAAUCCAUCCCUUGACUGUUUCUUUAAGUAUAAUGCUAUGACUGAUCAGUGGUCUGAGCUUGUAGCAGAAUUUGGGCAGUUUUUCCAUGCAACUCUAAUCAAAGCUGUUCCAGUGAACUGUACAUUGUACAUAUGUGAUCUCUCCACCUACAAGGUUUACAGUUUUUGCCCAGAAACCUGUGUUUGGAAAGGGGAAGGAUCUUUUGAAUGCGCUGGCUUUAAUGCAGGGGCAGUUGGGACAGAAGACAAAAUUUAUAUACUAGGUGGUGAUUAUGCUCCAGAAGAAAUCACAGAUGAAGUUCAAGUCUACCACAGUAGUAGGUCUGAGUGGGAAGAAGUUUCACCAAUGCCAAGAGCCUUAACUGAGUUUUACUGUCAGGUCAUUCAGUUUAAUAAAUAUAGGGAUCCCUGGUCACCCGUCCUGACGAUUUGCUCUGGAGAAUUUUGAAACUCCCAAGUCAAAAAAGUCUAUUUAAAUGCACAAGUUGUAGAACAGUUUUUAAAUAUUAGUUUACAGAUGGAGAAAUAUGUACUCGUUUAAAUUUUCAGUUUAGAUUAAAUGCUGUAGGAUUGCUUUUGGAAGACUCCAUUAAAAUGUCAUUCAUGCUAGUCAUUAUACAGACAGUAUUAUAUACUUAAUUUUAUAUACAACUCUGUAAUUAUGAGAAUAAUUUUCAAAAUGAUAUUAAUUUUCCAAAAAAAAAAAAAUUCAUGAGGAAUCAGUUGUGUAAUAUGUGUUUAUUUCUGUAAUAUUCACAGUUGUCCAACAGACAAAUUGCUAAAUGAGAAAACUGACUGUGAUACUGUUUUCCCUAUGUAACUGAAGUUUAAAGGACAUUUUCAUUAGUGUUAUUUAGAUUUUCUGUGUUCAUAAACCUGUAAGAGGAAUUCAUUGUCAGCUUUAUCUUAUCACAAUGACCUUAGCAAGGACAAGAGCCAAAGUGACCUUCGCAGUAUUAAAACCAGGUAUCUAACUUGAAGAGACUGAUAAUUCCUGUCAUCUUCAGCUCUUCAGUUUUACCAGUUUUUCUCCAUCCUUGUGCCUUAGUAGUAGCUUUAUUUUCUGUUUCCAUCCCAUUAACUGUAGCAAAGUCCACUUCAAUAACAUACUGCAGGGUAAGUAAGAUUUCUACAGGACAGAUGAUUAAUGUGAUACCUUUGCUUUAGUCAUGUUGCUAACUAAAGAAAAAACACUUCAGGACAUUUUCUAACAGAAGUCUUCAUCUCUGAAGUCUUCAGUGCUACCUACUAAGCUGUCACUAGGCUGCUUAUAGCAGCAAGCUGUAAACUGAAUCCUAGCUGUUGCUUCCGUUAACUAUGGGAAAAGUUUGUAUCUUGUCAUACAUCAAAGUUACAAAACUACACCCCCCCCAUAUUAAAAGUCAGUAGUAAAUAGUAUUUUGGAGGUGAGAAAUCAUCUCUUGUGGUUUAAAUUAAUUCAACACUUUAUCUUGAACUUCAUUGUAUUUUUAGAUGUUAAAAUAUUACACAGUAAACACUACACAAUAGAUUGCUUGAUAAACUUUAAGUAGUCAGCUAUGAUCAUGUUAAAAUUGUAAUGGACUUUUAGUGCUAAUAUUAGUCUAGCCAUAUGUUUGAAGUAAAUUUGAUGUCAUGCUUACAAAGUCAGUCUUCUUUCUGACAGGAGGACACUGAAAUUAGCUAGGUUUCAUAAAUUAAUUUGUAAUCUUCCACAGCCUGAGAAUUUCCUUUCUUACCAGGCAUCCAGAUAAAACAGUGAGAGCUCUUAUGUCCCAUAUAAGUAUUGUGAAAGCAGUGUAAGGUUGUCUUCUGCCAGACAGAAUAAUAGUUCUAAACACUUAAAUUGUAUCUUUUCAAGCAGUUUAAAUAAUAAAUAAAAUUUAGUGAGGCAUCAGAGACAUCUUUCAUAUGUCUUGAGACAACUAUGGUAAGUUCAUUAUCACAUCACUAUUGCAUGUACUUUUUGUAUAACCCAAGCUGAAUAUUAAUGCUUAAAGCUUAAUAUUACCUAGAACAGCUUUCUCUUUUAAACAGUACACAAUGGAAGGUUCUGAUUCUGUGACUGACUGUGUAAUUUGUUAUCAGAUGCCUUUACAAAUUUAGAUAACAUUCAUGAUAACAAUUUUCAUAAGUAUGUAAAAUAAAACCAUGUACAUUUGGAGAAGAUGUUAAUAGAGCAGGACCCUUUCACUCAGUAAUUUCUGUAUAUUAAUAUGUGUGUCAGUUCUGUAGAAGUAAGUAGCUUGUUACAGUAUUUCAGGCAACUUCCACAUUUAUUUUGUUUUUUUUGUUUUUUUU